UUCUCGUUUUCUCCUCCUUCUCCUCCGCUCCUGCUCCUCUGCACAGAGUAGAGUGCAUUAUGGCGGCGGCGGCGACAGCAGCGGGCGAGGUGAGCGCUAGCAGCGUUGGGAGCAGCGGCGGCAGCAGUAGCAGCAGUAGCAGCGACACUUCCAGUACGGGCGAGGAGGAGCGGAUGCGGCGCCUUUUCCAGACGUGCGAUGGCGAUGGGGACGGCUACAUCAGCAGAAACGACUUGUUGAUGGUGUGCCGUCAGCUGAACAUGGAAGAGUCUGUGGCUGAGAUCAUGCAUCAACUGGGCGCAGAUGAAAAUGGGAAGAUUUCUUUUCAGGAUUUUACAAGGUGCCGCAUGCAGCUUGUACGUGAAAUCAGGAAAGAGGAAGUGGAACUUUCUGUCAAGUCAUACAACUUUUAUAAAAAGAAGAAGUUAAGGGAGAGGAUAGCUUCCUGGCCCACAAGCAGUGACAACAGUUUAGAGAUGUCAGGUUUUUUUGGUGGGCGUGGACCUCAUGUGCCAAAGUCAUUUGGUGCCCUAUCAGCAGCCAAAGAGAGCUGGGAGUAUGACUCAGGGGCCAGAGACCUUCAGAGCCCCGACCUACAGAGUCAGUCAACACUGCAGAAACUCGUGGACUACGGGAGAAGCACAGUGAAGCAACAGCCUGCUCUUCAGAAGCUCCUCAGGCAAGCCUCCAGUCUCAGCAGUUCCGUCGGCGGAAGCUACUUAGAACUGGCCAACACACUCCAUUUAGCAGCCCUGGCAUCGUUGAAGGGAGACAUAGUGGAGCUGACGAAGCGGCUGCAGCAGACAGAGCGGGAACGAGACCUGCUGGAAAAGAAACUGGCCAAAGCCCAGUGUGAGCAAUCCCACCUCAUGAGAGAGCACGAGGACAUCCAGGAGCGGACGACCCUGCGCUACGAGGAGCGGAUCACCGAGCUCCACAGCAUCAUCGCAGAACUCAACAAGAAGAUCGAUCGGCUGCAGGGGACCACGAUCAGAGAGGAAGAUGAGUACUCAGAGCUGCGGUCAGAGCUCAGCCAGAGUCAGCAUGAGGUCAACGAAGACUCGCGCAGCCUGGACCAGGACCAGACUUCGGUGUCGGUCCCCGAGAACCAGUCCACCAUGGUCACUGCUGACAUGGAUAACUGUAGUGACCUGAACUCAGAGCUACAGAGGGUCCUGACAGGACUAGAGAAUGUCGUCUGCGGGAGGAAGAAGAGCAGCUGCAGCCUCUCGGUGGCAGAAGUGGACAGACAUAUUGAACAGCUCACCACAGCUAGUGAACACUGUGACUUGGCCAUUAAGACCGUUGAAGAGAUCGAAGGGGUGCUGGGACGGGACCUGUAUCCCAACUUGGCUGAAGAGAGAUCUCGCUGGGAAAAGGAGCUUUCUGGCCUGAGGGAAGAGAACGAAAGUUUGACCGCCAUGCUGUGCAGUAAAGAGGAAGAACUGAACAGGACCAAGGCCACCAUGAAUGCCAUCCGGGAAGAGAGGGACAGACUGCGCAGAAGGGUCCGAGAACUCCAGACCCGCCUACAGAGCAUCCAGGCUGCAGGGCCCUCGAGCCCAGGACGGCUCACUUCAGCCAACCGACCAGUUAACCCCAGCACAGGAGAACUGAGCACCAGCAGUAGCAGCAAUGACAUUCCCAUUGCCAAGAUUGCCGAGCGGGUGAAGCUGUCGAAGACGAGGUCGGAGUCCUCCUCUUCCGACCGGCCUGUCCUGGGAUCAGAGAUCAGCAGCAUCGGGGUGUCCAGCAGUGUGGCAGAACACCUGGCCCACUCUCUCCAGGACUGCUCCAACAUCCAGGAAAUCUUCCAGACCCUAUACUCCCAUGGCUCUGCCAUUUCUGAAAGCAAAAUCCGAGAAUUUGAAGUAGAAACUGAAAGAUUGAAUAGCCGAAUCGAGCACCUGAAGUCCCAGAAUGACCUGUUGACCAUAACCCUGGAGGAAUGCAAAAGUAAUGCUGAGAGGAUGAGUAUGCUGGUUGGGAAAUAUGAGUCCAACGCCACAGCACUGCGACUUGCGUUACAAUAUAGCGAGCAGUGUAUCGAAGCCUAUGAGCUCCUGUUGGCCCUGUCUGAAAGUGAGCAGAGCCUCAUUCUCGGACAGUUCCGUGCAGCAGGCAUAGGAUCCAUUGGGGACCAGCCUGGGGAUGAGAAUGUUACCCAGAUGCUCAAGCAUGCUCACGAUUGCCGGAAAACAGCUGAGAAUGCAGCCAAAGCCCUGCUGAUGAAACUGGAUGGCAGCUGUGGGGCUGCCUUUGCUGUCACGGGCUGUAGUGUCCAACCCUGGGAGAGCCUGUCUUCUAACAGCCACACCAGCACAACCAGUUCAACCACCAGUAGCUGUGAUACAGAGUUCACCAAGGAAGACGAGCAACGACUGAAGGAUUAUAUUCAGCAGCUGAAAAAUGACCGAGCAGCCGUCAAGCUGACCAUGUUGGAGCUGGAGAGCAUUCAUAUUGACCCUCUUAGUUACGAUGUCAAACCACGUGGAGACAGCCAAAGACUAGAUCUGGAAAAUGCGGUCCUGAUGCAGGAGCUCAUGGCGAUGAAGGAGGAAAUGGCAGAGCUGAAGGCCCAGCUGUACCUGCUGGAGAAGGAGAAGAAAGCUCUGGAACUCAAGCUGAGCACUCGGGAAGCCCAGGAGCAGGCCUACUUGGUGCACAUUGAGCAUCUGAAGUCAGAGGUGGAAGAGCAGAAGGAACAGAGGGUGAGAUCCCUCAGCUCUGCUAGCAGUGGGAGCAAAGACAAAUCAGGCAAGGAGUGUGCUGAGGGAUCCUCCCCUGCCUUGUCACUAACUGAACUGAGGACACAAAACGAGAGCGAACUGGCAGCUGAGCUCACAAGUGCACUGCGACGUGAGAAGAAAUUGAAGGCCAGGGUGCAGGAACUGGUGAGUGCCUUGGAGAGGCUGACCAAGAGCAGCGAGAUACGGCACCAGCAAUCUGCAGAGUUUGUUAAUGACCUGAAAAGAGCAAACAGUAACCUCGUGGCAGCUUAUGAGAAAGCCAAGAAGAAGCAUCAAAACAAGCUGAAGAAACUGGAAUCGCAGAUGAUGGCCAUGGUGGAGAGACACGAGACCCAAGUGCGGAUGCUCAAACAGAGAAUUGCUCUGCUGGAAGAGGAAAACUCGAGGCCACAUGCCAACGAGACUUCCCUGUAAAAGGCUUGCAGACUCAGACGAUUGUGCCAUUGGAAGCCCGACGGAGAAGAACACGGUGGGAACGAAGGGGAGGUGGGAAACUAGGAAAGGUAGAGCCUUCACGGUGGCCGGGCGCGAGGGAAGUUUGGCAGGUAGGUCAGCAGCCAGAGCUCUGUGCUGCGGCCCCGGUUAGGUGAGUUCCUCCUGGGGCUUGGCUUUGUUGGGUCCCAAGCGGCGGGUGCUGGCAGCUGGCCACUGGUGAUGCACUAUUUGUGGGCAACACAGAAAGGAUGGCACCUUCUCAUUCCAGCGUUCAGUGUACAGUCUGUAAAUAAGAUUCUCCCUCUCCCUCCCUUCCCCAGAUCUCCACGGGUGGUUGGUCCCUCGUUGCCUUCAACAUUCUCCCCUCCUCUUACAUCCUUGGGCCACACAUCAGCCUGUACAUCAUGCUUUCUUCCUUCCCUUCACAGCAACCAGAAUCGAUUUUUCUGCUCUCCCAGCUUCCUUCCCCUGCUUGCGCCUUCCUCAGGGGUAAGCCCUGACUGACAAGAGAUAGCUACGUUGCCAGGGGAGGAUGUAUGUGCGUGCACGUUUGUGUGUGCGUGCGUGCGUGCGUGCGUGCGUGUGGAGUGCAUAAGAAUUUUGAGUGUGAUGUGUUGUACGUGGAGAGAACCGAGGAGGUUCUGCUGAUUUGUUCAUUGAGGUGACUUGGUUCUCCAGAUGUGGAGAGGAUAUAGUGCAUCCCAGCAGUGGGUCACAUGUCCCAGAUUCACUCUCAGAGUCCACUGAGGUCACAAGAAACACAAGCUCAGGAGGCUUUUUCCCCAGCGGGGUGAUCUGGGCCAAGUGUGGGGAGAAAGCAAACACCUUCCAGGGGAGCCAGGCACCACAAGGGAGCCCUCCCUCAAGGAACAGGCUAGCUCCAAAGGACGAUAUUAGCGGAGAAGUAGGUUGGGCCCUGUGGAGGCCGUGCCAGAAGGCACACCUGGCCAGACCAGUACUGUGGACCUCUGGUUUCCUCAGUGAGAGCCGUGUCUCUGCACCUUUAUUGCUUCUAGCCCCCAGGGUAUUACUGCUUUGGUUAUUUCAGGGUUCAACCUAAGUAUCCGUGGGUACGUAUAGAGUCGGGCAUGAAUCUCCGGAGGGAUCUUCCUCUUGAAGCAACAGGGCCAGUGGCCUAAUCCCCAGGAGCCGAUCUUUGACAGCCAGUUUCAGGUUGUCCUGUGGGGAGCCCCUGUUAUGGGCAUCACUGUGUUCUGUGGGACUCCUCACAUCUGAGGAACUUUUUCCAUUCGCUCCCCCAAAAGAUGCCGGGAACAGUGAGCAAGCUGGCUCCCUGCUGUAGCUUCCCAUGGUGGUGCUGCUGCUUCUUUGACUAAAAAGUUGAGCAUCUUUCACCAUAUUCUCUGUGUCCCCACCAUCCUUCCCUCUGUCCCUCUGGUAGACACCGGGUUACCGAGCACCACUGGAGUUUUUUUCACUGUGCCUCCGGGAGGUGGCGAUUUAUCCAGACCCAGUUGAACCAGCAGCUCUUCCAGGAAGAGCCUCUGCGGGUGGCCUGGGCUACCAGUUGUUGGGAGAAAAAGCUCUCUGAGGGCAGUCGGCUCUGGCGGGACACAGAGGAGGUGAUUGUUCUACUGCAGUGGGAUUUUCUCCCUCCCCUCUUCUCAACCCUUCCCCACCCCCCACCUACUUUGGCAUCUGAGGUCCCAUCUGUUUCAGUAGGGAGAAAAACAGCUUUAUGAAGGCUUUGAUCACCAUGAAAAUGCCCAACAGAUUUGGGCACUUAGAUGCCAUUGGCAUACAACAGUGGACUUCAUUUAUUUUUGCUUUGGGAAAGAUUUACUAAGUUGAAAUGGCCUUUUGACACGGGAAGGAGGGGGUUUGUCUCUUGGCUUAAAUGGAUUUGGCGCAUUGAAGACUGGUAUUUGGUUUUUGUUUUUAUUUUUUUCCUCCCCAAGGCUUUCUGUCCCCAACUUUAUUGGUGGCAGUGGUUGGAGAGAGCAGAAAUGUGGGGGAGGAGAUAACUUUGUUCCCCUCCCCCUAGGGAGAGUGGAUGUGCAUAUUAGUGCUUCAAUGACCCCCCUGGAGGAUAAGUAUUGAGGGCCAGUGUGCCUCAGUUUCUCCCUCUCGAAUGAUGGGAGUGAAUGCUUGCUAUUAACAGUGAUUUGAAGGACUCCAGGUCACUUUCCCAAAGCCAUUCAGUGGGCCUGGUCUGCGGCAUCCAUAAAAUCUCCCUACUUCAUCUGCUGCACUGACUCUGUACAGUAAAUGGACAGUCGCACAGUCUCAGGCUAGGAAGGGGCCCUAAAAGGUCAUCUAGCUCACCUCUCUGCCUUAACACCAGACUGCACCUAAAUGAGCCCAGAUAACUGUUGAGGCUCUGCCCUGUAUUACAAGCCUUCUGGAGAAAAAGGACACAUUCCAAUACCUUCUUAGUUGUCAGCCCACAUAUGUGGGUAUACUUUGUGUUGAGACACAUAUACUGGAUUGGGUGAAAAUUGUACUUGAGAGAAGAGUGAAAUAAGGGCCUUGUGUUCACCAGUGAAAAAUGACAGUGAAGUGCUUGCACAGGAACCACUUCAUAGGGUAAGAAAAAGGCACCUUUAAUCAAAGCUGGAGAGCUAAUAUGAUAAUAUGCUCUUUUUCAUGCUGAUGGUUUGGGGUCCAGGGGGAAAUUGGUUCACAAACUACAAACUGGUGGCACAAUUACAUUCAAGGUGGCAGAGAUGUUAUGGUUUCCAUUGGUGCAUGUACUGGUUCCAUUUCUGACCAACAUGGUGCAUUUUUCUGUCAACAUCACCAGCAUUUAAGCCUCUGGGUACUCUCAUAUGUGCCCUCUUCCCUUCCUCCCUCCCUUCCUUCAACCCACCCGGGGCCCAGUUCACACCCCGCCCCGCCUGUCUGUGGAGGAUCAUUUAUGAGCACUUUUGCCUGUCAGGAGGGUGCCUAAGGUGAGUUCCAGGCAGAUAUUUUUUUAAUCAUUCCUCAACCUUCCAGUUCCCGGGGCUCCACUCCUCCUAGCUGACCCCUCUCCCAUUCUGGAUUUGUUCGAGAGCCCCCUGGAGUAGAUUGCCAGGAACUGACAUUCUCUGGUUUACGGAUUUCCUCUGGGGCAGAAAAAAAAAAUUAUUCCUUUCAUUCUUUGUAAAAAAAAAACAAAAAACCCCUGUGGAACUGAGGUCCAAAAGGGUGACCCUCACCAAGGGUGUUCAGAUGUUUUAACUUCAACACGGAGGGUGGGGCAUGACUAAAUUUAUCCAUUAUUCAGUUCCCUUUUUUUGUCUUCUCUGAGGAAUGAUGUGGAUGCUGAUCCUCAACCUCGGUCAUAGCAUAUUUAAGGCAGCAGCUGUGGAUGCCAGUUGUGAGGGCAGCCGUUGAUAGAGCCUGCAGAGCAAGGUGGGUUUUGAUGCUCCGAGGUUGGGGGUGGAGGAGAUAGGGUGGGAGCGGCUUAUUGGGUCCUCUAGGGGCACCGGCAGGGCAGGAAUUGGUUCACUUUGGAAAAUUGUCAACUACCUUGUCGGCAGUAGGGCAAGGCCUGUCUUCUAACAUAGAUGAAGGUAUCCCCAACUCUUUGGUUUGGGAUACAUUGAAUUGGCCCUUCAUUAAGGAAAAGGGCUGCAUUCAAUUCCAGUUGUGCUGCUCUAAGCCCCAGAAUAUGCCUCCUGCUCAUUGCAGAGCUGGCACACCAACAACAGUCCAAUAGCUGUUUCUAAGAUGUCGCUAAGAUGUCUCCUACCUCCCCCAAGUGCUUGCCUGUGAUUGAUUUAAGCGGGCACUGGAAAUCCAAUUGCAAGUCACGUGGCUCUUCCAUCAAGGCCCAAGUCUGCAGCCAUCUUCCCUAAUCCCUCAGUCAGUGGUAUUUGAGUGCCUACUGUGUGCAGAGUGCUACACUAAGCACGUGGGAAAGUAGAAUAGAGUAAGUAGACCAGAUUCCUACCCUCAAGGAGUUUACACUCUAAAAGGGUUGGGUUCUGGCCAAAAAUGCUUUUCCCCGGGGAAGUGAUGAACAGUUGGAUUUCCUUUCUCCCUGCUGGGUUCAUGCAGUUCUUUUUGAAAUCAAAAUGUCCCGUGGGUUUCUGGCCCUUGCAAGAACAUGGGAUCAGUGCCUGGCCUUAAGGUCUGUCUUAAUGGCUCUUAAAAAUCACCCUCCACACCCCUUCCCUCAUUCCCACUACUGCUUUAACCAGGCUAGAGGGUUGUCAGUAAGAAGUGAAACCUGUGGCAGAAAGGCCUUUGGGAACAUGCAUCUUUGCCCAGGUAAAUGGUUUUUGACUGUCCUGUCUGCUCGCAUCAACUCAAAGCAUUAGCAUUAGACCUUUUGGUCUCAGGAUUGGAAUCUUGACCCUACUUGAGAGCAGUGUGGGAGAACAGAGGAGUGUGAGGGUUUGCUAUUAGGCACUCAUCGAGUUGGAUCAGCUCUUAGAACAGUGCUUUGCACACAGUAAGCGCUUAAAUGCCAUCAUUAUUAUCAAGAGAAAAAUCUAGGCAAAACACCAGUUUGUACAUUAUGGACUCUGGGUAAAAAUAAUCCCUACUUUUAAACAAUUCAGGCACUAGGGAACUGAUGUUGCAGCCUGCUGUAGUGCCAGUAAGUUUUUUGUUGUUUUAAGACCAUGACCAGCAUUUUCUAGCUUCCUGUGGCAGCUGCUCCCUCUGCCCAGCAUGGUACUGGAUAAAGAUUCCGUUUCUAGUGCUUAUUUCUUCUUCCCCACCACCCCCAAAUUUGGCCAGGCUUGGGGCCGGGGGGGGCCAACCACAAUCAAAUUUGAAUAUCUGUUUCAUGACCAUGUUAACCAAUGAGGUCUGCAGACCAACUGAGAACUGGGCGUUGCACUGUCACUAACAGGCAGUUGCUCUACAGCCCCGCCUUCAUUUAUCGGGACCAAGCAGUCUCACUGGAGAUGGUGACCUAGGUCCUACCCAAGCUGCAACCUGGGCAGCCUUAGGCCACAGCAGUAGGCAGACAGAUGCACAGCACUGCCAAGGGAAAUGACCAUGUUUAGAUAUGAUGUAUUUUGUUCUCCUAGUGGCUUUCAAAUGGGUUGAAAUGCUUUGAAGUAGUGUCCCAGGGCUAGCUCCGCUUCCAAGUGCAGUACAACUUUUUCUCCAGCUCCCCGGUUUAGUGGAUGGUAUGUAGUAGUGUUUCCAGUUGUUCUAGGUGUGCAUGGGGCUGGGCCGUCGAGCUUACCGGCAAUGCUGUCGCAAGUACCAUGUUGCUAGGCUCUCUUGCAUUUUACGCUGACCCUGCAGUAGGGCCCAUUUAAAUGUGUAUAAAAAUAUGGAUUGUGCCUUGUCCUGUUUGAUCGAAAUAAAUGAGAUUAUACUGUACUGGUUUUCUGGGGUGACUUUUGAAUAGGGGCAGCAGUGACACUGGAGGAGUCGAUGCUUCCCCUAGAUCGGAGUGGGGGGGGGGUGGGGGGAUACAAGCUGAAGGACUGCUAUUUUUUACUAUCACUAUGGUGCGGGAGAGGCUGGUGGAAUUAUUUUGAGUUGAAUGUAGGUUGCCUUCCCCUAAAUGUACUUUGGGACAGGAGUCAGGGAGGGGGAGGGAGUGCUAUGUAGCAAGACCCACUCCAUCUUGCUGAGGUUUCAGAGGGUAAGUUCCCCAUUGUCCUCCCGAUUGCUCCUCCACCCUCAACGGUGUUGGCAGCAGCAGCAGCUCGUGGGCUUGCUCAGAGCUCAGGACCACAUUGGAGCUAGGGAGGAAGAGAAGGACCCAGAGGAGGGGCUGAAGUGGAUGCUGGCAGAAGCAACCCCUUCCCACCUCUGCUCAAGCUGGACCUACCAAGCUCAUCUGCUCCCUCUUGUCAAACUGGCAAAACAGCAGCAGCCAACCAGCACCUGGUGUUAGGGAGUAAAUGAGGGAAGCCCCCUCCCACACACACCCCCAACACCUUAUUUGUAACUUUAUCUUAAUCAAUUUUUAAAUCUUAUUUACUGCACCUAAAUGUUUCCUAUUGUUUGAAAAAAAAAAAAAAAACAUGCUACUCUAUACCACACUUCAGUUAGCGACUAGAAAGCCUACACCAGGUUGAAUGUACUGGCACCUUUAUUAAAAAGCACAUGGGGCUAAGUUUGCAUUCAUCAGUAUCGUCCUACUGUUUGUAUUGAAAAUUUCAUUUAAAAGCUGCCACUUAGCACUGUACUAUAUCUUGUAAUUUUAGAGCCUUCACUUGGAUGCUUUACCUGAUUUCAGAUGCAUUUAGUUUUAGGUGCUGUAAAAUAGCUAUUUUGUGUUUGAUAUAGAAUUGUAAAGAAAACUGCAUUUAUUUAUACAGAGACAUUUAUAGUACUUAUUUUACAAAUGUUCUUAUAUUCUGAAUAAAUAUUUCUAAUG